AGUCAACAGUCUCAAGCCAAAUUAGUUUCACACCAUUUAUUCUUUCUCACACCAUUCUCAAAGUCUUUCUCUUCAGCGCCUCUAAUACUUAGCAAUUGAAAUGCCACACACACUAGUCACCGGCGCGAACUCUUUCGUCGCCGCCCACAUCAUCAACGAGUUAAUUGCAAACGGCCACACAGUUACGGGUACCGUCCGCCGUACCUCGGCCGGUGAAGCUCUUUUCGAAGGACAUCCUGAAUGGAAAGAAAAGCUCGACUUCGUAGUCAUCGAAGAUUAUGCCAAAGAAGGGGCAUUCGAUAGCGUCUUCCAGAAACAGCAGUUCGACUAUAUUGUCCAUAUCGCGGCUCCUCUUCUCGACAACCCAGAACACACAGACUACGACACACACUUCUUGAAACCUAGUAACGCAUCUACCGAGUAUACGAAUGAGACGUGGAGCAAUAUCACUCCUGAACAGGCUCGUGAGAUGCAGAAUGCAUAUAUCAGCUACUGCUCGAGCAAGAAGGAAGCCGAGUUGUCAGUGUGGGAGUUCGUUAAAACUGAGAAACCGAAGUUCGCAGUCACAGUGUUUCUGCCUGCACUCAUCUUCGGCCCGCCACUCCAAUCGCUGAAGGACUUGAAUCAUCUCAACUUCUCCACUAACGUCUUCUACAAACUCUUCAACGGCACCUAUGACGAGAUCCCGAACACCCAUGACGGCCUCUUCCCAUCUUACAUUGAUGUUCGGGAUCUGGCCACCGCUCAUGUUCGCGCCUUAACGACCCCUGGCGCCGCAAAUAAGCGCUUCCUCAUCGGCGGUCAACCCCUCAGCACUUCAGGUAUCGUGAAGACAUUAGCAGCUUUAGCAGAGAAAGGGAUACUACCAGAGCUGAAUGAUAGGUUGCCAAAGGACACUGGAAAGGAUAACAAUAUCACACCUGCGAGAAUUAGAGCUGAAGAGGCAAAUGAAUUGCUUGGAAUGAAGCUGCGAAGCGCUGAGGAGACGUUUGGUGAUGUCGCUAAGAAGAUUUUGGAAUUGGAGAAGGAGGGAAAGUAA